GCUAUUCGCAAACAACAUGGCGGAAGACUGCAGGUGUUUCGGUCGAUUGCGCUCAUAUACUUGAAUUUAAUUGUUCUUUAACAGAAAAUAGUGCAUUUUUUUACCCAGAAUAAUUCCUCAAAACCACAAUGGCGGCAUCUCUAAAGGGGAUAGACCCCGAAUUAAAGAAAUAUCUCCGCAUAAAUCGACUGCCAGACGUUUAUGAGGCUUUGCUGACAGGACUGGCAGUGAUGUGCCCUGAUGAUCCUAAGGCAUUUAUAGUCAAAUGCUUGAGACAUAUCCAGAAAUAUGGCCUUAGAUGCUUGCAGUGGGACAUGUUUGUGGAAGAAGAGAUGCGCCCCAGGAGGAGAGUUAUAACUGAGAGUAAUCUGGACUACAUUUUCAACUUAGAUGACUAUUCUUUGCAACCAACUCCAGAGAUGUACGCUAAAGCCUUCAGUUUCUACAACUCUCGUCUGCGGUCCAUGUGUUUUCAUGGCUGGAUGCAGUUCCACCUGGUGAAGAAGCAGAAGAGGAUGGACAUGGAGAGGAAGUGGUGUGAGGCUGUCACUCACUAUGCACACAGACUGAUGAGACUGGCCCUCAAUGAGUGGACUCAAUGGAUGAACUUCAGAAAGGGAGUCCAGUCCAUGGCAUAUAACAAGAUACAGCGUGUGUUCUUUUGUGCCAUUGCUAAAGUGAUAUUUGAUAACUGGCAUGAAGAAACAACCAAAGCUAGAAGGACUAGGGAAUAUUUUGAGAUCAACAUAAGGAGGUUAGAACGUGGAGAGAACAUGGAGGAAGAGGACCCCACAGGGCGCGGUUUGGGUGACGCCAGAGAUGAUAUCUCUGCUAAUAUGCCCAGAUCUGUGGCUUUAAAGAUCUUCAGUUAUGUGGACAUAGAUGACCUGGCCAGGUGUGCUCAGGUGUGCCGCUCCUGGAAGAUUCUCACACAGUCUCAUAGCUUGUGGACCAGGUUAGAUUUGUCAAUUGUUCGAGGAAGGUUAUCUACAGGUGUCACAGACCAUGUGGUCAAGACCCUCCUGACCAAAUGCCGUCCAUACAUUGUCCACUUAAACCUUCGUGGUUGUCUGCGUCUGAGCAGGGCGGCAUUUGUGACCAUUAGCGAGUGCCGGAACUUGCAGGAUCUGAACUUGUCCGAGUGUUCCGCUGUUAAUGACAGUAGCAUGAAGUUGGUGUGUGAGGGCUGCACCAUCCUUCUCUAUCUCAACAUAUCUCAUACCAAUAUCACAGAUGCCACCCUCAGGCUGAUAUCAAAAUCAAUGGAAAACUUACAAUAUCUGAGCCUGGCCUUCUGUAAGAGGUUCACAGACAAAGGUCUCCAGUACCUGGCUAUGGGGAAAGGUGGAGCCAAACUCCAGUGGCUGGACAUGUCUGGGUGUACACAGAUCUCAGUGAUAGGGUUUGAGAAUCUGGCCACUGGCUGCACCUCUCUCCGUUCCGUAAUUCUGAACGAGUUCCAGAACCUCAGUGAUGACAGGAUUAUCGCACUCACCGAGACAUGUAAGAACCUAACCUAUGUAUCUGUGCUGGGUUCUCCGUACAUCUCAGAUGAGUCUCUGAAGAAAGUGGCCGCCACCAGGAAACUGAGGAUGCUGAAGAUUGACUCCAAUCAAAAGAUCACAGAUGUCUCCUUCAAGAUGAUUGGCCGUAUGUGUCCAGAUCUGUACCACCUGUACUUAACAGAUUGUCAGAAGAUCACAGAUAUGACCCUCAAGUCUCUGUCUUCAUGUAAAAACCUCACUGUGCUCAACCUGGCGGACUGUGUCAGGAUUAGUGACAAUGGAGUGAAGAGUAUAGUAGAGUCGUCCUGUGGACCCAAACUGAAAGAGCUCAAUCUUACAAACUGUAUCAGGGUGGGAGAUAUAGCCUUGGUCCAUAUCCAUAAGAGGUGCAUGAGUCUGACCUACCUUAGUGUGUGUUUCUGUGAACAUAUCAGUGAGGCCGGGAUAGAGCUACUGGGACAGACAACCAGUCUGGUGUGUUUAGAUAUCUCUGGUUGUCGCUGUGCAGAUCAGGGUUUGUCAGCCUUGGGUAACAACCCCCGUUUUCGUGACGUCUGUCUCUCUGACUGUAACGGUAUCAGUGAUCUAGGACUACAGAAGUUCUCCCAGCAGUGUAAAGAUGUGGAGAGGCUGGACCUCUCCUUCUGUCAGCUGGUCACUGACGCUGCCAUCAAGAACCUGGCCUUCUGCUGUAGGAUGCUGACAGUUCUCAAUCUGGCCGGGUGUAAACUGCUAACAGACCUGAGUAUCCAGUACCUGUCAGGGGUGUGCCACUACAUGACCAACCUGGACCUCUCGGGAUGUGUGCUCAUCACAGACAAGGCUCUGAGGUAUUUAAGGAAAGGCUGCAAGAAGAUGAAAAUGUUGUUGCUGUUGUACUGCAAAGGCAUCAGCAAGCAAGCUGCACAAAAGUGCAUGCGCCAAAUUCCUUUUGUGCAAUGGAAUGACGAUGAGGUGCCAGCUGAUUUCUGCUGAUUAUGUCUACAAUCAGACAAAGGCAUGAUUCGCCGCCUGAAGGUUAAAAAUUUGGCAUGGGUUCAGAUAAAGUAAUGGCAGAGAAACGCGUAACAUGGAUUGAGUGCCAGGUGUUGCAAAACUGACAGAAACACAUAACGCAGAUACCCCAAUUUUCAAUGCAUUGUAAUUGUGGCUACUCUAGGUUCCUUUACCAAGUGUCAGAUUCUGGGAACAAGUUACACUUACAUCAGGGAACAAUGCUGUAAAGUGGUCAGGGUACUCUUCUGGCAAAUUUUCCUUGAAAUCAGUGUCAAGUGCCUUCUAUAGGUGGCUCUUGAGUAGUGCACCAGGCAAAACUCACUUUUGAAAGCUUUGUAUUUGCUUCAGCAAAUCCACAAUAUAGAACUAAAAUAGAUGGCAAAUAUGUGGCCAUUUUAUACCGCAUAUCUGCAUUCAGAUUACUCUUAGGAAAGAUAUCCUAAUUGUUAUCUCAUAUUAACUUUUGCAAAAA